CGAGUCACCUAAUAAACCAUUUGUCCGAUUGAAGCUUACGAGUCAAAUGCAGAUGUCUUGAGAAGUCCUGCCAGUUGUUACCGCAAUCGUGAACGGAAACACGUGUACGUUCAGAAUUCGAAGAAUCCACCAGGAGAAACUAAGGGAAUACCGCAAAGUCCCUCAAAACUCAGUCCUGACAUCAGCAUGAAUUCCCAAUGCCGGUGAUGUCCCUGGGUGCAUAUGGAUGAUGUUCCACAGAACCCAUAUAACACCUCCGUAGAUGAUUCUAUUGGAUCCAACUUGGCCUUUACGCCAACCAAGUCUAUACCUGCCACCUAACGGAUUUAUCGAUGUCCGCCUCAGUGUCCUUUGACUACGUCGUUGUUGGGGGCGGGACCGCCGGCCUGGUUAUUGCCACUCGCUUAGCCGAGGAUUCCAACGUCUCUGUCGGCGUCAUCGAAGCUGGAGAGGAUCAGUCAAGUCGUCCUGAUGUUCUCAUUCCUGGAAUGGCGGCUAUGCAUCUGAGAGGUCCUUCUGAUAUGGACUGGAAGAUGUACACUACUCCCCAGCCUGGCGCAAAAGGGCGUAGCCUCUGGCUCCCCAGGGGAAAGGUCAUCGGUGGAUGCGGUACUACAAACAUUGUCGCGCUUGGAAAGGGUAACAUUGCAGAGUAUGACGCGUUUGAAACAUUGGGCGCGACCGGAUGGAAUUGGAAAAACUUGAUUCCCUAUUUCAAGAAGUCCGAGACCUUCACAAUCACAGAGAAGCAGUCCGCCGAGACUGGGAUCAAGUUUAACCCUGAAAUCCACGGUUCAAGUGGACCUAUUCACAGGACACUCUCCAGGUGGUCUAGCAACAUUCUCAAGCCUCUCAUUGAGGGAUUUGCAUCUGUCGGCGUCCCCCUUAACACCGAAUACUACGAUGGUUACAGUGGUGGUGUUUACCCAAUGCAACUAUCUGUACACCCAGAACAUUGUGUCCGUAGUUCGGCGGCUUCUGAAUAUUACGGCCCGAACAAACAGAAGAGUAACUUAACACUGAUCACUGGCGCAGAAGCGACACGCAUCCUUUUGAAGACCGAUGAGGCUUCGGGCGAGAUCAUCGCUACUGGCAUCGAGUACUCAAAGGGCGGGGAACUUCUCACCGUGUCCGCGAACAAGGAGGUCGUCCUGACAUUAGGUACCAUGAAGACACCGCAGUUACUAGAACUGUCGGGCAUCGGUGAUAAAAAGAUCUUAGAAGCCCAUAACAUUCCGGUUGUGCUGGACCUCCCCGGCGUCGGGAACAACUAUCAGGACCAUUAUACUUCCGCUUUCAUUGCCGAGAUUGAUCCCAAGUAUGAAUCGAUGGAUAUAAUGAUGGACCCACAGCAAGCUGCUUUGGAAUUCCAGCUGUAUCAAGAGAAAAAACAAGGCCGAUUGACCUCUAAUGGGCCCGGUCUUUACUCAUUCAUUUCGGCUCAGGCUUACAUGUCUGAGGAGGUCGUGGAGGAGAUCACAACAAAGGCGGAUAAGAUGGCCGACGUAUCUUCUAACCCGACCUUCAAGGCACAGGCAGAGUGGCUCAAACGUUCCAACAUUCCCGACCUGGAAUUUGCAACGUUCAAUGGAUAUAUGCCAACCGGGACUACAAUGCCCGAGCCUGGAAAACACUACGUUUCAUGGUUGCUUGCCGCAGCGCAUCCUUUCUCUCGUGGCACAGUGCACCUCAAUUCUGCGGAUCCUCACGCGCCACCCGUGAUCGACCCCCACAUGUUCGAGGAGGACAUCGACGUUCAGAUCCUCGCUGAAGGUCUCAAGUUCGCACGCAAACUCAUCAAAUCGGACGUACUCAGCACGGUCAUCAAAGGCGAGAUCUCUCCUGGAAAGGACAUAAAGUCCGAUGAGCAGCUCCAAGACUACGUGCGGAGUACCGGCAUGACAGUCUAUCAUCCUAUCGGCACCGCCUCUAUGCUCCCUAGAGAGGAUGGAGGCGUUGUGGAUGCCAAUGUCAUGGUCUAUGGUACCAAGAACUUGCGGGUGGCCGACGCCUCAAUUAUUCCUAUUCACAUUGCCUCUCACCCCCAUGCGACUAUCUACGCUAUGGCGGAGAAGGCGGCGGACAUUAUCAAAGCGGCGGCUUAAAACGUUCGACAAUGUGGGUUGUAGUAAUAUAUUUUUCUAUGUAUUUUGUAGAUAGCAUAUGACCAGUUAGCCAUAAUGGCCUUACGCUUGGGCUUUUGAGACUCAAUACACUGGUGCGAC